AUGUCAACGGACAAAGGUUCUCAUGUGUGUGCAUCAUCUGCAGGUCUACCUCAUUUAAAUGUCGAAUCCGGUGUUGUCGAUAGUCGCUCACCAAACACCAGACCUAACUACAGUGACACAACAACAGACAGCUCUGCUAAUACUUAUUUGAACUCUAUGCUUCCGUCUCUCGCUGGUGAUUACACUUCACGAACGCGGAGAGCAGAAUGUAAACCUUCACUAACGAAUAGAGUCAGUGCGAGUUUGGUGUGCGGUCAGUUUGAUCCAGAAGGCAUGUCUAUUUCCUACCCUUGGAGGAGAAAGUGCAAUAAGAAACUGCACCGAUUGGUGUAUAUUUUUGUGGCUUAUACACUUGCGAUCCUAGCCAUAAAUGGCUUCAGAUUCAUCGGCGUGGAUACAGCCACUGAGAAAAGCGUUUUGUCGUCACAAACAGAUCAAGUUGUCGUGGACGAUCAUUUGGUGCUGGAGAGAUUUAGGCGAGCUAUCGUUGUGACAGAUCAUCUUCAUUUUUCGAAAGGUAAGCUGCAAAGAGUCAUUUACAACAAAACAUGCUUGCCGAGAUCCGUGGAGAACUUCCCGGCAAACUUCAUGACGCUCCAGGACACCAAGGAUGGAGGAGUGGUCAUCCACAUCUUCCUGGCCCUGUACAUGUUUGCUGCCCUUGCUGUCGUCUGUGAUGAUUACUUUGUUCCCUCGCUGGAACACAUCUGUGAAG